AUGAAGAAACUUGGAUGCUUCCAGUCAUGUUCACGUGUACCACGGGUGCGAAGGCUCGAGGAAGCAAAAUCAGAAGUGGACCAGUUGGCGGAGGAUCAGGCAACACUCCGCAAGGAGCUAGCAGAACUUGGCCGUGUGACUGACGAGGCUCAGAAAGAAAGAGCUCAAGCCAAGGCCAAGAAUGCAGCCAGCAUGAAGGAGGCGGAAGAGUCUCAGAAGGCGCUGGAGGCGGCCUUGGUGAUGCUGCGUGAGGUUUACGGCCAGGUGCCUGCAUCGCUACUGCAAGUGGAGCAGGCUGCGCUGGCAGCACCAGUUCUGGAGGGUGCCCCAGAAACGUUUCCCGACGUCGACUACGUUGCAACUCCGCAGAAGGGGGUGCUGGAACUCCUUGAGGUGGCUGCAAGCUCCUAUGCCUCUGCUGCGGCUGAAUUGGCCGAUGAGGAGCAGGCCGAAGAAGGGCAGUUUCAGCACUUUCUGGUGGAGAGCCGGAAGGAUCAAGCCAUCAAAAGCCGCGAGCUGGUGCACAGCGAGGACCGCUUGGAGCGCAAGCAGAUGGCCCUGAAGCAGGGCAAGGCAGAGCUUGCAAAGUCCACGGAGAAAUUGGAGAAAGUGCAAGCAUAUUUGGAGAAGCUGCAGGACCAGUGCAAGGCACCCGUCGUUACCCCCGAGGAGCGUCGGCAAAAGCGAGAGCAGGAGCUGACAGCUCUGAAACAGGCGCUGUCUGCUCUGGAGGAGAGCCCCGCGGGUGCAUGA